CCUUUUUCUCACUUGUUAUAAGCUCUGCAUUUUGCAUGUCGAUUCUUCCAUUGCUUCUCCUCCUCCUGAUAGACAGCUCAACGACACAUGCAGGAUGAAGUUGGCGAAGAAGUUCCGGCCACAGGUCGAGCCUCGCAGUUUCGGAUCAGGACUAAUCGUCGGAUGCUUUCUGGUGUCAACGACAUACGUUAUGAUGUCCAAAACUAUGAUAAGCAUGGAGCAUUUGUCUAUCCUGAAUUGCCUGCCGUCCUCGUCAUCGAUAGAUGUAACUCCUAUGAGUUCUAUGGUUGAAAAGAACAAAAGGAUUCAACUAUCAGAAUAUGAGAGUGCAACACGAGAGAGCAAGCCUACAAGAAGUGACGCUAUCGAGAUGCAUGGCAAUGCUUCCUCCGCAGAGUCAGCUUCCGAAGUUCCCUUUGAAGAAGAUAAUGUUUCCAGCACGAAGAACGGAUCAGAUGGCAUGGAGGAGGAAGAGGGAAUAAGCCGGCUGUGCGAAUCGAGUUCGGGUAAUUGCAAGCCGGAAAACGAUAGGGAAGUGCUGGAGACACUAACUGCUGGUGAUUCUAGCGAAUCAGGUUCGCUUGUACUCGUUGCCUAUUUGAGCUUGCCAUUGUGAAUUCUUCCAAGAGAAAAAAGACUGCAUAGUCUAGUUUAAUGGAAGCCAUUAACUGCAUUGUCUUCCAGAUGGGGCGGCGCCUGAGAGGAAGCCCAUGUGUGAUUUUUCCGACCACAGAUCAGACGUCUGCGAUAUGGAAGGUGACA